AGGAAACCAUUACCUACCUACUAUUCAUUAGUAUGCAUUUAUAGCUCACGAAUUCACAUUGUUAAAUAGUUCGUAUUGAUAUUGACCCUAGAAUGAUGUAUAGACUAUUUCUUUUUCAGCUAUUAUGGUUCAGUUUAUUUGUAUCCAUAGGUAGAUUGUGUUUCUAUAUAACGUCUAAAAUUACAUAACAUAAUAUUGUAUUUUAAAUAAGUAUGUGUAUUAAAAAUUUAAAUAAAUCGUGUUUUAUUAUUAUUUUUAGCCACACAAAAGUCAAGUCAUCAAUUUUUAGGAUGUUUUUUGGAAGACAAUUUGUUAUCUCUCGGACCAGAAAACAGGAUUUUAACUCAAAUAUCACCACAAUCUUGUUCACAAUUUUGUUCUGAAAAAAAAUAUGUUUUUUUCAAUCUUAAAAAUGAGUAUGAUAAAUACAAAUUAUAUUUAUAUAUUUAGUCGGUUAAAUACCUGUUGAAUAUUUUAAAUUUCCACGCUUUUAUCUAAUAUACUUACCUACUAUAAAUUGUUUUAGCAAUUGUUAUUGUAGCAAAAAUUAUAUAUCAAAAUUAAUGAGACAAUUUGAUCACGAGUGUACAAUAAAAUGUGCAGGAGAUCAGUCAGCUUCAUGUGGGGGAUCACCAAAUUUAGUGUCUUCGUACAUAACAGAUAGUUCAAGUAAGUAGUUUGAGAUGUCAGAGUAUUAAUUAAUUGCAUAACUAUUUUUAAUAAUCUAGGUAGGUAACUCAAUAGUAUAUGACAAUUUUUCAAAUAAAAUUUUACUUACUUGCAUAGGUAUAUUAUAUAGGCACUUAUAUAAUUAUUAUUAUAAUGAACAAUAUUAAUUUUAUAUAAAGUUCAUUACAUUUUUUCAAAAAUAUGGAUAGUAAAAUGUACCCAUGUAUUUAUUAAUGUAAACAAUUAAAUCAUAAACGCUAUACUUAGAUUAUUCUCUACAGGGUGAUUUAUUUAGCAUGCUCCUCUCAUUUUUAGAGGUAAAUAAUGUAUGCAUGCUUAUUUUGAUUUUGAGAAUUUUCAAGUGUUUAAGACAAUAUUUUCGUACACCUACUUAUAUUUGUCACAACAUUUAAGGAUCAACCAACUUUAGUUUUCAAAUGAAAACUUAUAUUAAAAAUGUCUUGAAUAUAUGGAAUAUUAGAUAAAAAAAAAUUUUAGUAAUACAAUUUUAUAUUUUCAUCAACUCGUUUACGAGAUAUUCUACUUUUAAAUGUAGGCAGGGGAGAGUAGUAGAGCACUAUCAAAUACAAUGCGCUGUGCCGCUACACAAAUUAUACUCCAUUUCAUCACUAUAACUCUCCCCUUAAGCCUAAACUUAAAAGUAGAAUAUCUCGUGAACGAGUUGAUGGAAAUUAUAAAUUUCAAUACCAACAUCUAUUUUAUCUAAUAUCCCAUCCAUUUAUGGAAUUUUUAUGUGAAAAAUCAAAGUUGGUAUUGGAACAUUGUAUUCCUUAAAUGUUGUGGAAAAUGUAUGUAUACAAAAGUAUCGUCUUUAACUAAACUUAAAAAUUCUGAAAAUCAGAAUUUAUAUAUACAGUAGUGUCGAAUAUCCGCACUAAUUGGGGGUUGCAAAUAAUCAAUUUGUGCGGAUAUACAAAAAUACUAAAAUUCAGUGGGCCAACAUAUAUACAUUCCCCAUCUGGCACUGCCUGGUGGUACUUUAUUUGAAACCCCUAAGAGUUAGUAAAAAUACUCCAAAUUGUACUUUAAAAGAUGUGGCUUUGUCACCCGGUGUCCAGAUUCUUUACAGUUUUUCUAUAAAAUUAAACAAACUGAUACGAAAUGUCUGUAAAUCAGCUUUAUUUUUGUUUAUUUCUGGGUUACCUUGGCUAUAAGGAAAAAAAAAACAUGAUUAAUAUUGGUACAUUUGAAUCAAUUUGUGUUUGCAAUGAUUUAUUGUUGCAUUCAGUAUAUAAAUUUUACUAUCCUAUAAAUUUCAAUUUUUUACUACAGUGUCAAGUAGUGGUCAAAAAAUGAGAAGUUAUUUCACUCAUUUAUUUUUUUCAUAAAUCAAAUUGAAGAUAUAAAAUUAAAACAUUUUAGGUGUUUACGAAAUGUAUUUCCUGGUUUCUGACCAUUUCCUUCUGCAUAAAAUAGUUAAUUACUUAUGAAGAGUGACGUCACUGUUGUGAUAUCUAAACUAUUAGUAUUCUGAACAAUACAUUCACCUUGAACUAAUACUUCAGAUUUACAGUUCACUGAAAGAAUAUAAUUCCUGGAAAGAUUUUAAUUUAGAGUUACGGACAUAUAAACAUUAAUUAUGGACCAUAUAACUAUAAUUGAGUGAGUUAUUAUUUUGAGAUAAUUAUAAUAAUAUCAUUUGAAGAGUAAAGAGAAAAAUAUAUGAUGAUUAUAGUAAACAAACUUCAAAAGUGGUUUUUCUAUUAUUUAAUGAAGUAACAACUUUUGAAUAGUAAAUAAUAUAGUAUUCAAGUGUUUCUUAAAUUUAAAACAAUAUUGAAUUGUAUUGCUUGUGUAUGGACCAUAUUAUUAUAAAUUGUAAAAUGUACCUAUAUAGCUAUAAGAAUAUGUUUUAUUUGAUUAGUAUUUUUUUUUAAUUUUCAGAAUCUAGCAAUUUCAUUGGACAUGGGGGUUAUCCAAUACCAAUUUAUCUUGGGUGCUAUUCUGAAACACCUGGUGAUGAUGAAAAUCGUUUAUUAAAAGGACCUGCCCAACCUUACAAUAAUAAUACACCUGAGAGAUGCUCUGAAAUAUGUUUCAAAAUGGGAUAUUUAUAUUUUGGUGUUACAUAUGGGUAAUAAAUAAAUAAAUCUGUUAUAAUCCUUUUAAUUUUGUAUGCAGUUGUACAGUACAUAUCAAAUAAUUAUAAUAAUUAUUAUUUUUCUCUCUGGUUUUUCACUGAUAUUUUAUUUGCAUAAUAUUGAUUCGUAACUGAUGGUUACUUAGUAUUUAUAUCAUAGAGAUUGAAACUUAUUAAAAUAGAUUUUUAUUGAAAAAUACAAUUUAUAUAAUGAUGUUAUUCAAUAAUAUAUAUUUAUAUUUUUUUACAUAAUAAAUAUAAACCUAACAGUUAUUUAAAACUAAAGGCAUUGAAUAAAUGUAUAAAUAAAAUAGUAAAUAAAUAUUUAACCUAUAUCUACUUAAUUGUCAUGUAAACCAGAAUACUAUAACCUAUAGGCUAUAUGUAUUUAAGGCUAUAAGUUUCUUCUAUACUUAACCAAGACAGCAUACCAAGCACUACUAUUUGUUACUUAAUAUUAUUACUAGGCUCUAUUCAAUUUCAAAAUGACCAAAUUUAAAAAAAAAAGUUUAUGUUCACUGCUGACAGUGGGCACUGUUGCUGAUGGCGAAGAACAUGUUGUUUUUUUUUUUUAAUUUGAAUAUUUCCAAAUUACCUAUGACUAAAUUAAUUAUUUACUUAUAGAUCAGAAUGUUGGUGUGGAAAUCAAAAACCAUCUAAAUUAUCAAAAGUAGAAGAUACAAAUUGUAAUUCUGUCUGUAGUGGCGAUAGCUCUCAGUUUUGUGGUGGAGGAUGGAAGAUAGGAAUUUAUUCAACGGGAAUUACUGGUAGUUGUUAUUAAUUUUGCUAAAUAGUAUAAUAGUAAUAAUAUAAAUAUUAUUAUAUUAUAAUGUUUAAUAGAUUAUACACCAAAGAAGUAUUUGGGGUGCUUUGAAGACAAUGACAACAAGCCUAAAGGAAAAUAUUUAUCAUUCCAAAUGGAUAAAAAUAACAGCCCCAAACGAUGUAUAAAUCUUUGUAACACUCUACAAUUAAAAUACGCUGUCCUGAAAGGGUAUUUAAAAUGUAUAUUUAUUAAUUUUUAACAAUAAUAAAUGUGUAAUUAUAAUGUAUAGAAAUGUCUGUGAAUGCAAGAACAAUGAACCCAAUUAUAAUUUUAAAAAAAAAUUUCUCGAUUGUAAAACAUCGUGUCAAGGUAGUCCAUCUGAAUAUUGUGGUGGUAGUAUGUCAUCAAGUGUUUACAAAACUUUAUACUCAGGUAUUAUAAAUAGAAAACUUGUUUUUAUUUAAUUUUCCAUUUAUUAUGCUCAUAUAUUCAUUAAAAAAUAUUAACAACAGAUCACCGUGAGGUUAUGGCAAUGAAACAUAUUGGAUGCUUCAAUAAUUUUAAAAGACAUCCUACAAUAAGUGGUUGGUUAAAAGAAUAUUCUCACCUUACCCCUCAAAAUUGUGUACGUAGUUGUUAUGCAAAAAGAUUUCCAUACGCAUCACUUGUAUCUUCGUAAGUAAAUUUAUUUAGAUUAAUAACUGUUAAAUUAUUUAUUAGAACAUUCAGAAGACUUUCAAUUAAAAGUUUUUAAGCUUUACUUAAUACUAAUCCAAAAAUAGUUACAUUAGGUAAAUAUAAUACAAAUGUAUUUGUAAUAUAUUUUUUUUAUUUAUGUACAUAUAUUUUAAAUCAUUUAGAAUGACAAUUAAAUAUGUAAAAUAUUAUUAUUUUUGAAAAAAAAAAUACUUCGCUGUUAAUAUAAUAAUUUCAUUUUACAGAAGAGAAUGUUUAUGCAGUUCUAUAAAACCUUCUAAUGAAGCUAAAAUAGAAGAUAACAUGUGCAAGAUACCUUGUUCUGGCUCAUCCCAAGAAAUGUGUGGUGGUAUUAAUGCAAUGAAUGUAUACAGUACUGGACUAGAAUGGAGAACGGAUAUAAUUGGAAAUCAAUAUCUGGGUUGUUUUGAAGAAAAUGAAAAAAAGAGAAUAUUUAAUAGUUACUCUAACUCUUUUUCUAUGAACACCCCGGCAUUUUGUUCAAGUCUUUGUUUCAAAUAUGGGUAUAGUUACUCAGGAGUAACAUAUAAGUCUGAAUGUUAUUGUGGAAACCUACCACCAAGCAAACAAUUUACUAAACUAGAAGAUAAACAAUGCAAUACCAAAUGUUCAGGUGAUGCUAAUCAGUUUUGCGGUGGAGGUUGGAGAAUGGGAGUAUUUUCGACUGGAUUAUAUGGUAAUUUUUAAUAAUUAAAUUAAAUGAUUUUAUGUUUUAAAUUUUAAAUAUUAUAUUAAUUUGUUUAACUUCUGACAAAAUAUUGUAAACAAUAAAUAUAUUUGAAGUUUAUAAAUUUAAAAUAAAAUAAAUAUAUAAAAUAUUUCAAUAUGAAAAUUCAAAAUGACGAUUGGCUAAUAGGCCUCUUUUUAAGAGAAAUUUCAUUAAUAAAAUAAAUAAAUUUUUAAAAACACUUUCUUAGUUAUAUACUUAUCACAGAUUAUAUUGAAGAGUAAUUUUGGAUACAAGUGUAUUAAUGUUAUAAUAUUAAAUGGGUAAUAUUAUUUUAUAUUAUUCAUUUUUUAAAAAAUUAAUUAGGUUUUAGGUACCUAGAAUAUUAACUCUUAUAUCCCUUUGACAAGAUAUUAGUUAUUGUUUAUUAAAUUAAGAAACAUUAGAAUGAAAAUUAAUUUUCAAUUUAUUAAUCUAAUCUUUAAUAGAUUUUCCAACUGAAGAUCGUCUUGUUGGUUGUUUUAUACAGCAGGAAAAUACAUUUGGCAACAUCCAAUUUGAAUUAAUUAAUACUAAUAUACCUGAUAAAUGUUCUACAAUUUGUUAUAAUUCAGGGUAUAAUUUUGCUGGAGUUAUGGGGUAAUAUUUUAUUAUUUAAUUAAUAAAUAAUAUUUAGAAAUUAUUAUUGUUAUUAUAAUUUUUUUCAGAAUAAAUUGUUUUUGUGGGGAUCGUGCUCCAGAAAAUAACCUAAAUGUAGAUGUUAAUAAUUGUGAUAUACCUUGUGUCGGUGAUUCAGGCAAAACUUGUGGUGGUGAAGACAGAAUUCAAAUAUAUGAUCUCGACAGUAAAUAGUUUUUGAUGAUUACCCAUUUAAUUUUGAGAAUUUAAAAAGUAUAAAUAUUUUUUGUAGGAGUGCUAGAUAUUCCCGAACUUCCAAAUUCAUCAGAAGUAAUUGAAGAAUUUGAUACUUUGAAUUUACAAUCACUUUGGAGUCAUGAAAUCUAUAUUGCACAAGAACCGGUAUGUGAUAAAAUAAAAUAUAUUUUAUUUAAUUACAUCGUUUAUUUAAAGUUAUAGUAUCCGAUGUCUAUGUCUAAAGUAAUCUACUAUUUUUAUCAAACUGGAAAUGUUUCUAAUUUAAAUUAUUUGAAAGAGUGCAAAACAGAUAUGCUUUUUCAGAAUUUGAAUAUUUCAUUUAUUGUAAUUUUUGAUUUUUUUAAUAGUUUUUAAUACACAAACAUAAGGAACUUACUUAAAAUUUAAAAAACUCUAAUGGGUUUUUCACUAUUAUAUGAGGGAAGUUAUGAAGGUACCUUAUAUGUAAGAGUAUAUUACUAUAUAUUAUAGUGAUAUAGAUAUGGAGUUAUUUAAUUUAUAUCUGUACUCAAUGAUAAAUCAUUGUUAAUCAAAAAUGAUUCUGAGAGAAGUUUAGCUAAACAUAUUUUGAUUUGACCUGAUUUUACGAUUUUCAUAUAAACUUAAGCUUUAUAUUUGUUAAAAAAAAAACAAAUUUUGACCUCGAAUUUUAAAUAUUUAUAGUAAAAUAAUGAAUAUUAAUGAUAAUCCUUGUAUCAAAUUUCAAGCAUUUUUAAAAAACCAAAUUUUCCCAUUAUGAAGAAUAUUCUAAGGAAAAUAAACUCAAUGUACUAAAAUGUACUCAAUGUAACUUAUCAAGGUAUCAUUGUAUAUACAUAUAAUAUAGUUCAUAGAUCCUAAAGACAUUUUGAUUGUACAAGCUCAAAUUAUAUAAAAAAAAAAAAAAUAAAUACAUUUGUUAUAUUGAUAGGGUUUUGAGUUUGUUAUUUACAAUAAUACUGAAAGAAAUACAUUCGUGAAAAAUGGAGAAUUAGUAAUCAAACCUACAAUUCAAUCAGAUAACUUUGUUAAAAAAGGUUGCUUAGUACUGAAGGGGUAAAUUAUAAAUGAUUUUAAAUAUUUAUAAUUGUAUUAAAAAAAUCAAAUUAGUAGUAUAAUUAUUGUGUUUUAGGUGUACAAAACCUGAAUCUGCUUUAUGUGCUAUGAAUGCUUCUUCCUAUUAUAUUAUACCUCCUAUAGUUUCAGCAAAACUUACCACGAAGCACAAUUUGUUUUUCCUUUACGGACAACUCGAAGUUGUAGCUAAGUUACCAACAGGAGAUUGGAUAGUAUCAGGUAUACUUAUACUAAAUAUUUUAUUGAAAAUUCUAAUGCUCAAUCAAAUUAAAUACCUAUUCAAAUUAUUUUAGUUGCAUUGAUAUCUAAUUGUUCAACAUUUUUAUCUUAUUAGAAAUAGCAUUGGUUAGUAAAUCUAACGAGCAAAAUAAAUUAGUAUUGGCUAUGUCAUUUGGAAAUAAUGAUUUAAAAUGUAAUGGGACUGAUGAAAGUUCAUCAGUUUUAAAAUAUGGAUUGAAAAUUGAUGAAAACUAUAAUUUAAAAUCUAAAAUGAUGAAGUUAAUCUCAAAUAGUCGGUGGUCUGAUGACUAUCAUACAUUUAUUCUAUCUUGGACUCCUCAAAAUAUUGAAUUUAAAAUUGAUGGAAAGAGUAAUAAUUUGGAUACAUCAAAUUUAUCAUUGGAAGAUAUAUUUAGUUCUGAAGUAAAAUAAUUUAUUCUUAUGAUUGGAAGAUGUAUAUACAAUUAAUACUAUUCAAAUUUGUAUUUAUUUAGUAUUAUAUAUCCAUUGGUAUGUCAGUUGGUGGAAUGAAAAACUUCCAAGAUGGAUGUUUAACUAAUGGCCAUUUAAAACCAUGGAAAAACUUUGAAAUUAAGGUUAAUAUAUUGAUUUAUUUUACACAGAUUAUAACUAAAAUAGCAUUGAUUUGAUAUUUAGUACUACUAUUUUAUUAAUAAUUUUAGGCCAUGUUAAAUUUUUGGAAGGAUAAAGCUCACUGGUCAUCUACAUGGAACGAAGAACAAUCAACGUUGAGAGUUAAAAGUGUAAAAUUUAUAGCAGCAAAUAGAAAUUAAUUAGUUUAAUACAAUUAUUGGGGACAAUAUCUAGUUUGUUAAUAAUUGUCUAUUUGAUUGUACAAUCAAUGUUAAACCAGUUAAAGUAUUUUUAAUUAUACAUAUUAAAAGAUUAUUUAUAGUCCUUAUAUAAUAUAUAAAGGUGGAUAAUAAAAUCUGUUGUAUGUUAAGUGGUGAGAUUUGUUUCUAUUAUUUAAUGGAUAUUUGCUAUUAAUACUUGAUAUUUUAACGUUACCUAAUAUGUUUUAUUCAAUGGUGCCGAAGG